AUGGCAACCUUAUCAUUCAUUCCAGAAUAUCCUGAAGAAAAUUGUUUUUCUAUUGCUAAUAAAGCUCUUAAAUUAACUACUGAACAAGAUAUUAAACCACAUCUUGAUGAUAUUUUAAAGAUUUCUACUAUUAACAAGAUUGAUUUAUCCGGUAACACUCUAGGGAUUGAUGCUUCAAAGGCUCUAGCUAAAUUAAUUUCUUCAAAUGAAUCUAUCUUUAAUAAUUUAAUUGAAAUUAACUUUGCUGAUCUUUAUACUUCUCGUCUUGUUGAUGAAGUUGUGGAAUCUUUAAACGUUUUAUUGCCUGCAUUUCUAAAAUGUCCAAAAUUAACAAUUGUUAAUCUGUCUGAUAACGCAUUCGGUUUAAGAACAAUUGAUUCUUUAGAAUCUUACAUUGCUAAUGCUACAGCAUUAGAACAUUUAAUUUUAAGUAAUAAUGGUAUGGGUCCAUUUGCUGGUGAACGUAUUGGUAAAGCUUUAUUUCAUUUAGCUCAAAAUAAAUUAAAAUUAACUCCAUCUGCUCCUUUAUUGAAAACUUUUAUUUGUGGUAGAAAUAGACUGGAAAAUGGUUCAUCUCUAUAUUUAGCUUUAGGUUUAAAAGCUCAUGGUUCAGGCUUAAAGACUGUCAAAUUAUAUCAAAAUGGUAUUAGACCUCGUGGUAUUAUGAAUUUAAUUCAUUAUGGUUUUAAAUAUAAUACUAAUUUAGAAGUAUUAGAUCUUCAAGAUAAUACUUUAACUAAGACUGCAUCUCUAAUGCUUGCUGAUAAUUUACCAAUUUGGAAAGAUGUUCUUGUUGAAUUAAAUUUGAAUGACUGUUUAUUGAAAAAAGAUGGUGCUGAUGCUAUUAUGGAUGUCUUUGUUAACUUAACUUUCUCACAUUUAAAGACUUUAAAAUUAGAAUAUAAUGAAAUCAUUCAAUCAACUAUUGAAGAUAAAUUAUUAAAAGCAUUAAAUACUAAAAAUUUACCUGAAUUGAAAAUAUUACAAAUUAAUGGUAAUAUCUUAGAAGAAGAUUCUGAAGCUCUAGAUACUUUACAAGGUAUGUUUGAAGAUUUAGAAUUAGAUGAUUUAGAAGAAUUGGAUAGUGACGAAGAAGAUGAAGAUGAAGACAGUGAUGAAGAAAAUGAUGAAAAUGAAACAUUCCAAGAUGUUGAGACUGAUUUGUUAGAAAAGGAUCUAUUACAAUUAGAGAUUGAUUCUUUAACUGAGGAUUUAGCAAAGGCUACUAUCUAG